CAUGGCAUAGGACAGACUAAUUGACGUUUAUGCUAUAUUUAUAACCCAUCCAACCCCUCUAGUCAUUUCUAUACAUCAGUGGAUCAUUUAGAAUUUUGUUCUGUGCUGCUGUUUCUCUUCUCUUCCUCCUUCCUCUCAUCUUCUUCACAGUAAUACCUCCCUUCAAACCGUCCUCUUUGCUUCUAGUCAAUGUCUGAAAUCACAAUAAAAUCUCCAAAACACUGUGCCCAGUACAAGCAAUGCUUCAAGAUUGAAAGAAACUACAAGAAGUUCUCCUUGGCUCUCUCUAUAUUCAUCACCGCAAUUCUUCUACUGUCGCUUGCGAUAUGGGUCAUCCUCCGCCCUGCCAAGCCUCAAUUCUCUAUCCAACAAGUUGAUAUCUAUCAGCUCAGUCUCUCAGGAUCCCGCAUAAACUCUUCCAUUCAGGUCACACUGCUCUCAAAGAACCCAAACCAGAAAGUCGCCAUUUACUACGACGACUUCCAAGUAUACGCCACCUACAAGGGCCAGCAGAUAACUUCAUAUACCUCUCUGCCACCGCUCUACCAGGACCACGAAGAGAGCAAUCUCUUAACAGCCCCUCUGGUAGGAAAUGAAGUCCCUGUGGCUCCCUCUCUUGGCUAUGAAAUGGGUCGUGAUCAAACUGUUGGAAGACUGGUUCUGAAUCUAAGAGUGAGUGGAAGGCUCCGGUGGAAAGUGGCGACGUGGGUCACUGGGCAUUAUGGGUUCGAUGUUAAAUGUAUUUCAGUUAUGGCGUUCGAACCCUCCAUGCCUUCUGCUCCUCUCACUUCAAACCAGGGUGCUCAAUGUUCUACCACUGUUUUAAACUGAGUUCCUUUAGUGUAAUCAAUCUGCUACUAUCAUUUGUGAGAGAUCCUUCUCAAGUUCUAUGAUUUCUGCCUCAGAUUGGUGUUAUUUACUUUUGCAGCCAAGAGAUUUGCGAAUAAAUUAUGUAUAUGCGUGUGAAUGAUAGGAGUGGAAGUUAUUUAA